AUGGGGAGCGAGCGGGGCCCGCGCGGCCCCGCGGCCCCGGGAGCGCGCACGUGUCCGCCGGGCCGGGCGGGGCGGGGGGAUCCUCCCGGUGCCCGCCGCGCCGCUCCCCGGCCCCCGUUACCGGCAGCACCUCCCCGUUCCUGCCCUCCCGGCCCCCGUUACCGGGGGCAUCCCCCCGUUCCUCCACCCCAAGCUCCGUUACCGGGAGCGCGGGGGGGCACCGGCUCCGGUACAGAACCACCGGAGCCGCCCCGGUUCCCCCGAGAGACCCUCCCGGUAGCGGGGCAGCCGCAGCCCCCCGCUGCCCCCCGGGAGCCCCGAGCCCCGCGGGGGGAGGGACGAUCCCGGCCCUUCCCGGCACGGGGCGGGACUUGGCUGCGUUCCCCCGGGAUCCCGGAGAUCCUGGUGCCCAGCGCCGGCACCGGGCGGAGGCGGCGGCACCGCCGGGGGACCCCGAGGAGGGGGCGCGGGGGUUCAUCCCCGGGGGUCGGGUCUCGGGGGGUCCCGCGGCGGGGUCCCCAGGGAGCCCCAAUGGAGGCACCGGAGCUCCCGGAGCCGGACGGGCUCUUCCCGGAUCCCGCCGCGCUGCCGGUGCCGGUUCUGAGCUUCCAGACCUUGACGCUCCCGGAGGAUGAUGGCAGCGGAGCCGAGGAGCUGCUGGGGCUGACGGUGAACCCCGACAUCGCCUGCGGGCUCGGCAGCGGCCCGGAGCCCCCCCGGCCCCAGGGGGCCCCCCCGGUGCUGCUGGAGGUGGUCUGCGACCUCAGCACGCCCCUGCUCCCCUCGCUGUUCCCCGGCAUCCAGCUGGCCCCGAGCCCCGAGCCCCAGCCCGCGGCCGGCCCCGUCCCGCAGCUCCGGCUGACGGAGGAGGAGCGGCGGCUGCUGCUGCAGGAGGGGGUGACCCUGCCGGGGGAGCUGCCCCUCACCCAGGCCCAGGAGCGGCUCCUGAAAAAGGUGCGGAGAAAGAUCCGGAACAAGCAGUCGGCGCAGGACAGCCGGCGGAGGAAGAAGGAAUACCUGGACGAGCUGGAGAGCAGGGCGGCUGCGUGCUCGGCACUGAACCAGGAGCUGCGGAAAAAGGUCCAGGAGCUGGAGACAAGCAACGGGUCUCUCCUGCGGCAGCUCCAGGCGCUGAUCAAGGAAACGUCGGGCAAGCCCGCGCAGACCGGCACCUGUGUCCUGAUCCUGUUCCUGUCGCUGGGGCUGAUCCUGCUGCCCAGCUCCAGCCCGUUCCGCCGGGGCGGCGGCCGGGACGGCCUCGGAGCCACCGGAGUGAUCUCCAGGAACAUCCUGGCGCGGCGGGAGCCGGGAGCGGCCGCAGAGUCCCCGUUCCCCCGGUGGAUCCCGGGGCCAGAGCCGGGAGCCGGGCUGGAGGACGGAGCCGGGGGGGGGGCCCGGGGAUGGGAUUCCCACCCCCCCCAGGGAUCGUGGCAGCAAUUCCUCCAGGGAGGACACGGGGACAGGGGGACACGGGGGUGAGAUGUGAUGGGUCCAGAAUAAAUCCACGCUCUGUUUGCACCCCUGGAAUGUCGGGGGGGCGGGAAUGGGGAACAUUCCAGCGCUGCUGCAGGCACAUGGAUCAGGAUUCAUCCCACAUUCCACUCCUGGGGGUUCCCAGGGACCCCCGGCGCGCUCCCAGUGCUGGAGGAAACAGAGAUCCCCCCCAGGAAACAAACACAGCAU